CCCUUCGCCUCCCAAACGAAGGCCUUGUUUGUAACCGUAGGCACAGAGAGAGAGAGAGCGAAGAGCUCUGAGAGUGAGACGAAGCAGCCAAAAAAUAGAGGAUAAUCAGAAAAUCAACCCUCAAUUCUCCCAUCGAUUCCUCUCAUUUUAUAGACAUUUACGUUUUCUUCUGUUUUCCUUGUUUAUUUACCAAUCGAAGUUGAUUUAAAUGAGUCGUUUAGGGUUUAAAUCGGUGGUAUAUGACGGCGACAAAUGCUUGGGAGAGCUGGACGCUUUUCCGGUCAAGGACCAGAAUUUCCAGUUCCCGAAUCACGAGAUUCGUAUCCACCAUAUAUCGCCACAGAGUGAACGAUGCCCUCCGCUUUCAAUUCUCCAAACGAUUUCUUCGUUUUCCGUUCGGUGCAAGCUCGAGUCGUCCUCGCCGGUCGAACAGUCCCGUCUGAUCAAUCUCCACGCCUCCUGCUUCUACGAAUUCAAGACGGCGGUGGUAUUGAUUGGAGACGAAGAGAUUCACUUGGUGGCAAUGCCAAGUAAGCAGAAGAAGUUUCCGUGCUUUUGGUGCUAUGCGGUUCCUGCAGGUCUGUAUGACGCGAGCUUAGGAAUGCUAAAUUUACGUUGCCUGGCAAUCGUGUUUGAUCUCGACGAGACGCUCAUUGUUGCGAACACCAUGAAGUCGUUCGAGGAUAGAAUUGAGGCUAUUCGAAGUUGGAUUGUACGCGAGAAUGAUUCGUUGCGUGCGUCAGUAAUGACUGCCGAAAUGAAGCGGUACAUGGAUGAUCGAGCGCUAUUGAAGCAGUACACAGAGAACGACACCGUGGUAGAUAAUAAUGGGAAGCCAUUUAAUGCUCAAUUGGAGGAGGUUCCACCACUAUCCGAUAACCUUGAAAGAGUUGUUCGGCCAGUAAUUAGAUUGCAAGAAAAGAAUAUUGUCCUCACUCGUAUCAAUCCUGAUAAUCGUGAUACCAGUGUGCUUGUGAGGUUACGACCUGCAUGGGAGGACCUGAGAAGUUAUUUAACUGCAAAAGGAAGGAAACGGUUUGAAGUUUAUGUGUGUACAAUGGCAGAAAGAGAUUAUGCCCUGGAAAUGUGGAGGCUUCUUGACCCGGAGGCACAUCUUAUAGGUUCAAAGCAACUUUUGGACCGUGUUAUCUGUGUCAAAUCAGGCUCCAGGAAAUCUUUGCUAAAUGUCUUCCAAGAUGCCAUGUGCCAUCCAAAGAUGGCAAUGGUAAUUGAUGACCGUUCUAAGGUUUGGGAAGAUAAGGACCAACCGCGAGUUCAUGUGGUUCCAGCAUUCACUCCUUAUUAUGCUCCUCAAGCAGAGACCGCCCAUGCUGUUCCAGUCCUCUGUGUAGCAAGAAACGUUGCAUGCAAUGUCAGAGGUUAUUUUUUCAAAGAAUUUGAUGAGAAUUUAUUACGGAGAAUCUCGGAGAUCUUUUAUGAGGAUGAGGUGGUAAAUUUACCUCCUGCUCCUGAUGUUAGCAACUACAUGAUAUCAGAGGAUGCUGGAUUUGUACCAAAUGGCAAUACUAAUGCUCCCAUAAGCGAAGGAAUGAACGGUCUUGAAGUUGAACGCAGAUUCAACCUAACGGACGAGAAGUGUGCUAAUGAUUCAGCUACUCAUUCAUUGACAAAUAGUUCUGAGUUAAGACAUGAGGCCUCUAAGCCACCUGUUGCAAUCUUGCCGAAUGCCAUUGGCCCUGCAUCUUCAAGAACACUGUUGCCUUCUCAGAAACCUGGUUUGCUUGGAGCUCCACUUAGACGAGAUUGCAUCUCCUCUGAUCGUGAUUAUGAUAUGAAGAGAGGACUCCUCACUAUGAAGCAUGGUCUAGAUUCGAGGAUUCAAAGCUCAGGUGAACCCCCCCUUUUGUCAAGAUUGCCUACACAAUCAGGAUCAUUGAUGCAGCCACAGGGAGGCUGGUUGGUGGAAGAUGAUAUUAAUCGAGGGCAUUUAAAUAGUCGACCUUCAGGAUUUGUUCCUGAAGCUGAUGUGCUGAAACCUGAUAAAAAGCCAUUUUCACCUAGCACACCAGGAUCUAUGCCUACGCCUACGCCUACACCUUCACAAACAUCCCAAGUGAAGGUUGAAGAGGCAUGUGCUAGUUAUGAUAUGCUAAAACAAAAUCUUCCAUCUGCAAGUCUGCUAUCAGACGUUGCUGGAUCUCAAAAUCAGGUGUCUACUAGCAGAGAUAUUCAAACUGAAGUUGGAAAAUCAAACAUGCUACCUUCUCCUUUAUCUAUUGGAGUACUGCAAGAGAUUGGACGAAGAUGCAACUCCAAGGUCGAGUUCAGGUCUGUUGUCAGCACCAGUAAGGAUUUGCAAUUUUCUGUUGAGGUUUUGUUCACUGGCGAGAAGAUUGGGGUUGGAAUGGGCAAGACAAGGAAAGAUGCUCAACAACAAGCUGCUGAAAAUGCCCUUCACAGCUUAGCAGAAAAAUAUGUAGCAUACAUUGCACCUCAUACUGGGGCCAUGGACACAGAUUUUGACAAGCUUUCUCUUGGGAAUGAAAAUGGAUUUCUAUGGGAUAUCUUCAGUCCUGGAGCAGAUGAACCCCUAAGAGAAGAUGGGUUGCCCAGAGAAAGCACUUCUGAGGCCAGUGAAAGUGAACCUGGGUGUCCUUCUAAUGUAUUAAAUCAGCAAGUGCAAAAGCGUGCCAAUUCCCCAAGGUUGCCAACUUCUAUUUCUAGUAAACGAUCAAAGGACGAGGUAUUUCAUGGUCCACAGAGCCUACCCUCCUUUCGACAACAGAAGAAUGGGCAUCCCAUAUCAUGAGAAAUCAUAAGACUCGGGCAUAUUUUGGACAGAAGGUUAUUGAGCUCUCCAAAGGUAUGUUAUGCAUUUUAUAUAGUUCAGCAUCUCUUUUGCCCAUGCGUUAGCUGAUGCUGAGGCGAAAAAUUCUUGAAAUUAAAUGUGCUUGCAAAGGUGGGCUCCAUUUUCUUUUUUCGUGUGAUGCCCUACAUUCUCAUGUUUAUUUAGUGGAUAUUAAAUCAAUGGAGAAUUAUUUUUAUAUAGGCUUCCCAAGUAACAUCGCAAUUGAAAUUAUUUUGUUGCCCCAGUGUUC